AUGAUUGAGCGAUUCCGGGAGAGGGACGAAGGUGGUGCUUAUUCGGGAUGCGCGGUGAUCGAUGAUCGGCGAAGGCAAACGCAACGCAGAGGAAGAGCUCCACCGCUUUUGGCUCUGUCUUCAAGGAAGGAUGUGAAACCGCCGAGAUUGCGAGGGGGGGACCACCUGAAACACGAGCCCCGGGAUUCGGGAGGCAAUGACGAGGUGGAGAGUCCGGUCCGUGCGGGGUGUGGUGGAGGUGGUGAUCGAAGGUUGUGCGUAUGGCUGUUGAUGGGAGUGGAAAGAGCGUGGGAUGGAUGGGCGAGCCGGCGCGAAAAGGGGUGCGGUAUAGGGUCCAGGCCGUGCCGAGAGAAAGGUCGAUCGCGAAAGAAGGAUCGUCGUGGCGUACUGGUGAUAGUAGUGGACGCUCGAGAUUCACUCUUGCAAGCCUUUCUGACUUUCGCGAUGGUGCAGCUAGAGGGGAACAGCAAAAUGGUAAGGAAGGCAAGAGCGAGCACUGUAGCUCUGGACCAAUGGAAAAGACUUCAAGUGGCUCUACCUGCUCGGAAUGGUCGUGCCUGUCUCGGCAGAUUAUGGGCUGCGAAGGUAUGCACCGGUACCGGAUUCCGUAUGUCGCCUCUACUCUUCUUCCCGCCGAUGUGGCGCCGCCUGACGCCUCGCGCCCAUUUUCUGGGCGCUCUAGACCUCGCUUGCGGCUGCUGCCUUCAGAAGCCCUCAAAGAACAUUGGUAGCGCACUGAGCAUACGACUGCGGGAAUACACCUGA